CGGCGGGCACCUCCAAGACUCUGCCAAACCCCCUUGAUCCCCUAUUUCCCCCUCUCUACCUUUCCUCUAAAGAAACAACCCGGCGUUACGUCAGAAAGUGCAGGGCAAGCAAGACAGCGUCUUAGGAGCUAUUCGUAGGCAUUGCUGCCAAACCCGGUUUGAGGCUGCCUAAGAGCUCACUGCAGCCAAUGCACUUUACAAAUUCAGCUCUUCUAAAACAUCAGCAGUAUGUGGUCUCUGUUGCUGGCACAAUUGCGCAAAAACCCCAAACAGCAGUGUAAACGGUGUAAUGAUAAAGAGUAGACUGGUUCACACUGUAGCCUCACUGAAAACACCAUGACAUGAUGAAGCACCAGAUGUUUUUGACGCUCAGAGGUUUCUGCAGCAUUUUUUCUGUUUGACUCUUUGCUGAUCUCAAAAAACAACAUGCCCCACGCUCGAAAUAGGAACCCUAGCCCCAUCCCAGAAGUAACAUGGGAUACGGGAUUGAAGGAGAUGAACGAGACCUGGAAAGGAGCUAUAGCCUGUCUCGGGGUGGCCGUUUUCUUCGUAAUGACCAUCGGGAUCAUAUACUGGCAAGUGGUGGACCAGCCAAACAAAAACUGGAUCCUUCGGGGGACUUUCAGUGGACUGAUUUGGGAGAGAAAAACCCACUCGCUGGUCAUACAGACCCUGACUGAGGAUAAGACCUACGUGGAAAUUGACGUCGGGAACGUGGGGAAUCCCGACAUAGAGAUUCCCUUCGUGAGGAACCUGUGCUGGCUUAAUAAAACUGAGUUCUGCUACACGUGGGACUCGGUGGCUGAGGUGAAGAUCUCGCUUGAAGUGAAAGAGGAUAGGGAGACGGAGUGUUACAGCAUGACUUGGGCGCCGGUACACUGUCAUGUGGAGCUGAAGGACUGCUUCUCCAUGACCAACAUAUCCUGGUAUGGGGGUGCCAGUGUUCGGGGUCAGACUUGGCCGAUUAAUGAUCAGAACACCACAAUGCAGCCCUUCAUCGUCAGUGAUCUGAAGGACAAUCCCUCUGGGUUCGGCUCUGCCCUAGAACGCUAUUUCCUUGGCUCAUCGGGUGUUACAAUGCUUGUUUCUCCUGAUAUCCCCCUGCAGCUUGGGCUGGACAGCAGACAGCAGUUCUGCCUGCAGUCACUUCCAAGUAUGGAGCGGCUCCCUCUGCAGUACACUGUGUGUGUGGCCCACAGUGUAAAAGCUGCUCACCAGGAAGCAGUGCAGCAGCUCUCCGAGCACAGCAGGGAGUUGCCCAACAUGAAAGCACUGCGGCUGCCAUUCUGGAAGCUGCUCGCCAACAUGGAUUCGGGGCCGAAGGUGGAGAGGGAGAUGAGGACUUUCUCGAAUCGUCUGAAGAGACACCAGCUGGGGGAGGGAGGCAUCAGCCUCAAUGAACAUUCCACCACCCUCCUCUCUGAUAUGGACCAUGACUACCUCAACAGCAGGAAAAGGGGGAUGUAGAGACUGACCAGGGACCUCCCACUUGUCAAGCUUCACAUUUCCAUCACCCUGUCCCCUUUCCUGGGUGUGGACACCACACAGUUCCACACCUCCCUUAUUGAUGGCACUGAGGCCUACUGGCUCAGUCUCCCUUCAGCCCCUCAGGGACAGCUGAUUCCUGUGAUGAGCCAGUGGCGAGGAAAGUUCUGUGUAAAGCUGAACAUCACAAAUCCAGGAGCAGUGAGGUUCCUGGACAGAGUAGGAGCCCUACAGGCCCAUUUAGGGAUGGAGUACAUCAUGCUGGAAGGGGGCGAGGGGAAUCUUGAGGAGCAUGCACUUCGGCCACCUCAGUCUCUGGGUGGAGACAGUUACAUCAGCCUGCUGGCUGACCUGGCCACCAGGAUAGGAGAUUCCACCAUUAUGACUGCAGGGACACGGUCGAGCCACAAGCCCCUCUUUGUGAAGAUGACCCCCCUGCAGUCUGAUUGGAGCCCAAUGGGCCUUAAGGCUAUCAUUCCCAACCUGAUGCACCACACUUUGCUGGGAUACAACUUCCUCAUUCCUGAUGCAGUGGGCUCCCUGUCUGGAGACCUGGUCACAGAUGAUGAGUUGUUCAUCCGCUGGCUGGAGAUUGCAGCCUUUCUUCCUGUUAUGAGCUUCCACACACCACCCUGGAUCUUUGGAGAGGACCAGGUGCUAAACCUAACUAGGAAAUACCUAGCAAGGCACCAGAGGGAUGUGGUACCACUGAUUGAAAAGUAUGCAGAGGAGUGGCAGAUGACAGGAAACCCCAUCUAUCGGCCCAUGUGGUGGCUCAGUCCCACUGACCCCAUGACCUUCACCAUCAAUGACCAGUUCCUCAUUGGAGAUGAGGUCCUAGUGGCACCUGUGGUGGAGAAGGGGGCAGUGCAGAGGGAUAUAUAUUUACCUGAUGGAGGCUUUCAAUGGCAGGACAGUCAGAACGCACAGGUGUUCGAUGGAGGGACGUUUCUACAGGACUACCCUGUGCCCCUGACGGAGGUGGCUGUUUUCUUACGGAGAAGCUGACUCGGAUAAUCGAUCCACUGAGUCAUGUGAUUUAUCCUGUUACUGUUUUUAAUCAAAUUCUUUUUUUUUUUUAAGUACUUGUGCUGUUCUUAACUUGCACUUUUCUACUAAAGACCA